AUGGGUCUGCUCCUUCCCCUGGCACUCUGUACCCUAGUCCUGUGCUGCGGAGCAAUGUCUCCGCCCCAGCUGGCCCUCAACCCCUUGGCUCUGCUCUCCCGGGGCUGCGAUGACUCAGAUGUGCUGGAAGUUGCAGGCUUUGCCCUGCGGGACAUUAACAAAGACAGAAAGGACGGCUAUGUGCUGAGACUCAACCGAGUGAACGAUGCCCAGGAAUACAGACAGGAUGGCCUGGGAUCUCUGUUCUAUCUCACACUGGAUGUGCUAGAGACCGACUGCCAUGUGCUCAGUAAGAAGGCAUGGCAAGACUGUGGAAAGAGCAUAUUUUCUGAAUUGGUUUAUGGUCAAUGCAAAGCAAUAUUUUAUAUGAACAACCCAAGUAGAGUUCUCUAUUUAGCUGCUUAUAACUGUACUCUUCGCCCAGUUUCAAAAAAAAAGAUUUACAUGAUGUGCCCUGACUGCCCAAGCUCCAUGCCCACUGACUCUUCCAAUCACCAAGUGCUGGAGGCUGCCACCGAGUCUCUUGCGAAAUACAACAAUGAGAACACAUCCAAGCAGUAUUCUCUCUUCAAAGUCACCAGGGCUUCUAGCCAGUGGGUGUUUGGCCCUUCUUACUUUGUGGAAUACUUAAUUAAAGAAUCACCGUGUACCAAAUCCCAGGCCCGCAGCUGUUCACUUCAGUCCUCCGACUCUGUGCCUGUUGGUCUUUGCAAAGGUUGUCUGACUCGAACACACUGGGAAAAGUUUGUCUCUGUGACUUGUGACUUUUUUGAAUCACAGGCUCCAGCCACUGGAAGUGAAAACUCUGCUGUUAACCAGAAACCUACAAACCUUCCCAAGAUGGGAGAACUCCAGCAGAAAAACACACCCCCCACAGAGUCCCCCUCCAAAGCUGGGCCAAGAGGAUCUGUCCAAUAUCUUCCUGACUUGGAUGAUAAAAAUUCCCAGGAAAAGGGCCCUCAGGAGGCCUUUCCGGUGCAUCUGGACCUAACCACGAAUCCCCAGGGAGAAACCCUGGAUCUUUCCUUCCUCUUCCUGGAGCCUAUGGAGGAGAAGCUGGUUGUCCUGCCUUUCCCCAAAGAAAAAGCACGCACUGCUGAGUGCCCAGGGCCAGCCCAGAAUGCCAGCCCUCUUUUCCUUCCGCCGUGA